AAUUUUUUAUUGUUAUUUCUUUUGCCGAGUAUUUGACUCCACUACUUCAAACCGAUAAGAACUUGUGGUCUCUGUUCCUUCAACCUCCAUUUUUAGCUCUCUCUCGCCGCUGUCGUUCUCUCCGAGAAGCUUCCCCUUCUUCCACUGUAUUUUCUCCUUUAUCUCUCCCAUGGCGGCCAGCGUCUCCGCCGUCUUAGGGCCCAAACCAUUCCAUGUCUUCCUUACUUCCUCCAAUCUCUCCCCUAAACCUCGAACUCCGUUUCUGUAUCCAUCUUCGGUCUUCCGGAGCAGUAGAAUCCAAUGGAAGAUGCGGAGAAAAACGCUGCUCACCGUCUGCGUGCUCGUUGAGGAUCAGAGUAGUUCCAGCGAGGUGGAAAAUCUCGCAGAUGAAAAUUUACCGAUUAUAGUCCCUCAGAUCCCAUCGCCUCAUGUUGCAGAGAAAUUAGCGAGGAAGAAAUCGGAGCGCUUCACUUAUCUUGUUGCUGCAGUUAUGUCUAGUUUUGGAAUUACUUCCAUGGCUGUCAUGGCAGUUUACUACCGAUUUCACUGGCAAAUGGAGGGCGGAGAGAUUCCUUUCUCUGAAAUGUUUGGUACAUUUGCUCUCUCCGUUGGUGCCGCUGUCGGCAUGGAGUUUUGGGCAAGAUGGGCACAUAGGGCUCUCUGGCACGCUUCCUUGUGGCAUAUGCACGAGUCUCACCACAAACCAAGAGAAGGACCGUUCGAAUUGAACGAUGUUUUCGCCAUAACCAACGCCGUGCCCGCCAUAGCUCUCCUCUCUUACGGCUUCUUCCAUAAAGGCCUCGUCCCUGGUCUCUGCUUCGGCGCUGGCCUUGGAAUUACUGUGUUUGGGAUGGCCUACAUGUUCGUCCACGACGGUCUCGUUCACAAAAGAUUCCCUGUGGGUCCCAUUGCCAACGUGCCCUACUUCAGAAAGGUCGCUGCUGCUCACCAGCUUCAUCAUUCGGAAAAGUUCAACGGUGUUCCGUACGGGCUGUUUUUGGGUCCAAAGGAAUUAGAGGAAGUGGGAGGCCUUGAAGAAUUGGAGAAGGAAAUCAACAGAAGAAUAAAAUCAACGGCCAAAAAACCAAUCAACGGUUCUUGAUUAACCAGUCACCAGAGGGCCCCACUGUUGAUGUUAAGUAAAAAAUGAAAAGGAAAAAAAAAAA